AUGGCUCCAUCUCGCACAUUCACACUCAACUUCGUGGGAGACGUAAUGCUCGGUCGACUCAUCGACCAGCUCCUCCCCCAACACGUCGAAAACAGAGAGGAAGCGCGCAUCGUCUCCCACUUCAUAGAACGCUAUCCAUCCCGCCUAGCCAAGGGAAACUACACACACUCUUCGCCAUGGGGCACGACGCUCGACCUACUCCGAAACACAGAUCUAUUCCUCAUCAACCUCGAGACCUCAGCAACAACAACUAAUGAACCCUGGCCGCAGAAGACUUUCAAUUACCGUAUGCACCCGGCUAACGUCGCGCCCAUCUUGCAUGCCGCGCAUGUGGAUUAUGCGGGUUUGGCGAAUAACCACACGCUUGAUUUUGGGACCGAUGGGCUAGUUGAAACAGUCUGGUCGCUGAAGCGCGCUGGGGUUGCUUUUGCCGGGGCCGGGGAGACGACCGAUGAGGCGCGCAGGCCCGCUGUGCUGCACUUGCCCUCUCGGGGAGGUGGAGGUGGGUACCAUGCUCACCAUCAUACGGAUGGCCAGUCGCAGAAAAAAAAUGAAGGAGACGACAAUAACACUGCUGCUCCGGAAUAUGAUGUCCACGUCUACUCCGCCUCCGACCACCCACGCGACUGGGGCGCUAUACCAGCAUUCCAUCUCGUCGACUACACCUCGUCGACGCGCGUGCGUCUCCGCACGCUACUGCUCUCCGGCGGACCGGGCAAGCACGUCGCCGACGACGACUUAACGUCUUCAGAUCCAGAACAUCAGGAAGGGCAUCAUAGUCAUCGGAAACACCAUCUGAAACAAGAAACACGACCGCCACCACCGGCUCUGAAGAUCUUCUCGGUACAUUGGGGUCCGAAUUAUUCAUGGCGUCCCGCUGAGCGAAUCCGUUCCCUCGCUCAUUUUCUUAUUGACGAGUGCGCCGUCGAUAUCGUGCACGGUCACUCGUCACACCAUGUCCAGGGCGUGGAGUCUUACCAUGGUAAGAUUAUCAUAUAUGGGUGUGGCGAUUUCGUAGAUGAUUAUGCCGUGAGUGGGGAGUAUAGGAAUGACCUGAGUGCUUUGUGGAGGGUUCGUGUUAGAGAAACCGAGAAAGAAACAGAAAGAGGGCAAGGGUUAGGGCUGAAGUUGGAGAGGCUGGAGAUUUUCCCGACACGCAUUGAGAGGUUUCGGGCUACGUUGCUUGAUCCCGGUGAUGAGGAUCAUGUGUGGGUGAGGAAUAAGAUUGCAGGGUUGAGUGAGGAGUUUGGGACGUUUAUUAAUAAAGACUUGGGCGAGGAGGGACAGGUCGUCGUUGAUUUGGAGGGUUAG